UCAUAUGGGAGCCAUUUUCCUCCAAAUACACAUAUGACGAUCUGCGACUGUGCGGGGAGGGGAUCCGUCCACAGAACUGGCUGACGCUCGAGCGUUGUUUUUCCCAGUUGAGUAGUGGGUGGUAUUUAGAAAGGUUAGCGCAAGAGUGUAAGCACAAUCCAGAUACAUAGUUUGGUACAGGGCUUCUAUUCUCUCAUCUCAAACGUGACAUUACAUAAGGAGUACACGUGACCCUGCGCGAGAGGAACGUUUGACAGCAGUUGGAACGACUGUGAGGGUGGGUCACCGCAGAAACGCUGUUCGAAUCAAAAUAACUGGGCUGUUUCCACUACGAACGUGUCACAUUUAGACAUUUCUUCAUGGCUUCAGCGCAGUGCACAAGAUAUUCCCUGUACUGGGAGGAGACUGAGUGCAUGAGCUACUAUGAGAUGCUGUCCCUCCAUGAGAUCUUUGAGAUCGUGGGCUCCCAACUCACAGAGACUGAUGUUGAGGUUUUGUCCUUUCUCCUCGAUGAAGCCUAUCCUGGAAAACAUCCCCUCGAUCCAGAGGGGUGGACUGAAGAUUUACCUCCAGGGCCUGAUGGAUCUCCACAGGGUAAUUCUCCAUGUCCUCGGCUUCUGAAGACAUGGCGAAGAAUACAGCCGCAGAAUGAGCCGUGCCCCGUCGCCUGUCGCCAUCGACCCAAGAGUGGCGUUGAACUGCUGUUGGAGUUGGAGAGGCGAGGGUACUUGAGCGAGGGAAACCUCAGACCUUUAUUGCAGUUGCUACGGAUUCUGACACGGCAUGAUGUCCUGCCCUUUGUCUCACAAAAGAAAAGAAGAACAGUGUCUCCAGAGCGAGAGAAAAUAGACUACCCAGAGGUGGAUACCAGACGGGACACACAAAUCAGCUCAAACACCGAUAUGCCAUCCUUUGAAAACACACAAGAUCACCAGUGGAGAGCAGGGGCUGGCUCUUCCGUGACAACAACCACCCCUGUCCGACGGAAGCGAGGUAGAGGUCGCCACUGGAGAAGAAAAUCUGGGGGAAAGCCUGAAAUCCAGCCUCAGCCAACACCCAACAAAGUGACCUGCGAUAUCCGACUACGUGUACGUGCGGAGUAUUCAGAGCACGAGUCGGCCCUUCGUGGAGGAGUUUCUUCAGACAAGCAGCAGCCAUUGGAGAGGCAGUUUGAACUGUUCAGCCGAGCGAGCCUGCUGCUCCGCGCUCGGGAUCUGGGCUCUAUUGUCUGUGACAUCAAGUUCUCGGAACUUGCCAACCUAGAUGCCUUUUGGGCCGACUACCUGAGCGGGGCUCUGCUUGAGGCACUGAAAGGGGUCUUCAUCACAGACUCUUUGAAAAGGGCAGCGGGACAGGAGGGGGUCCGGCUGCUUGUCAGUGUGGAUCAGGAUGACUAUGAGGAGGGCAGGAAACUGUUGCUUAGCAGCCAGACACAUAAUGGGAAAAACUGGGAGCCUCAAAGGCCCUGAGAAAUGUCAGUUUCACCCGGGACCUUCAGUUGUGAUGGAUGAAGAAGAUGUUUUGCCUUUUUAUUUCAUUGCCCAUUGAGUGUUGGUGACCCUGCUGGGAUGGAGAGCCUAUUGGAGGAGACUAGAUUAAACUGGGCAGUCGUUUUGUUGACAGUUUCUGGAGUAAAAUGAUUCUUGACCGUUCAGAGGUUAGGUUCAGAUGUGGGGCUGUUUCUCUCUACUGCAGGUCAGUUUAAACAUGGACGAACACACAAUACUAAACCCAUAAAAAAAAACUAAAACAGGAGGAAGGUUCUGCAUCUAUGAAUACCACUUACUCUGCCCCAGGUGGUAUGUGGAUAGAAUUUUUUUUUUUUUUUUUUUUUUUUUUUUUCCCUCAAAUGUAAUGACCUACAGUGAACCCUGGAAUUCAAGUUUAAUGUUAAACUUUGUUUUGGAAAUGUAAAAUAACCUCUUUCUUUGAUAAAAGAUAGAAAGGAUGGGAAUACACAACAAAUAUGUACUGUAACUCAAAAGGAUUUACAAAUCAAUCCACAAAAGAAAAAAAACAUUAAAUUGUAUAAUUAACAAAAAAGAUAAGGAUUUUUAUUUUUAUCAUAUCUCCUGCUAAUGCUAACUUAAUUCUUAAUUCUAAGUUUGUCCUGGUAACGAUGCUUUAGAAGACCAAAGUCACACUUCCACCAUCGGGCCGGCGGAUGUGUUGCAUAACCGAACUGCUCCAGAGUGGUCUGUUGUACUGCUUAUAAGAGUCACAAAGAUGACUUUAUAAAGUACUUGACUGGACCAGGUCAAUCAACUUUGCCAAAAUUUGGAAAUGCCACAAGAUGGAGUAGAGAUUCAUGAUCUAUUUCAACAAAGAUUUUCUACAGUGUGCACCACUGUGAGACUACAUUUGUCCCAACAACUCCAUGUUACCAUGCUGUUCAUCUCAGAAACAAGGUCAGCAAGUCAUGGAUUAUCAGGGCCUUUGGAUGUCUUUGUAAAUUGCUGAUAGAAAAAAUGAUAGUUAAUUAUAAUUAGAUGAGUGCUGAUUUGACACCAGCCUUGACACACAACCAGACUAACCUCUGGUCCUGUUUCUAGAAUUUGUUUCCCUUUUUGUUAUAUUUGUACCUUUAUGACAAAAAGAUAAAAGUUCAGUAGUAGUUAGUGGUAAUUCAUUUUGAAACAGUCUUGUCAUAUGACUGAUAGUAAUUGAAUUGGGAGUGGAAAAUUGAACACUUUUGUGUUUUCAUGUUUUUGUUUAUAAUGAUAUUACUUGAUAUUGUUUUGGAAUAUGUACAUUUACGUAAAUAUGAUUCUUAAUAAAGUACUGUCAGAAAAUA